AUUAGUUAAGACAUUCAAAUCUCCAAACUUGCAGCAGACUCUGAGCUCUACUGUACACCGUCUGGAUUCACACAUAGUUUCCUCGUCAGCAUCAGGAUGUGGAUUAUUCUGUUGGGUCUCACCUCUGCACUACUGGCCUCCUCGAGAUCAGAAAAUACCACAGUUGUACGCUCAAGGAGCUGCAGCUUUGGUGGAGUGUUUCACGUGGAGGGGAGAGAACGCUAUAGUCUGAUGUUUGAGGAGGCCAGGAGGUUGUGUGAGCAUUUAGCCUCUUCACUAGCCAGUCUGGAGCAGGUGGAAAAAGCCUACAAUAAAGGACUUCAGACGUGCAGGUAUGGAUGGAUAAACGGCUCAGAGGUGGUGAUACUCCGUCACAUCCAAAAUACAAACUGUGCCGGCAACCAAACCGGCAUCAUCAAAAUAAUUCAAGACAGUGAAAAAUAUGAUGCCUUCUGUUAUGAUGCUGAAGAUACGUCAGAGAAGAACUGCACAGCUAUGAUUGACCCUGACAGUUUAAACAAAACAGAUGGCAACUCCGUCUCAGCAUUUACAGAAGUCACAACACACCAUACAAAUGCUGGAGGGGAUGAGUCUGAAAAUUCAGCAUCUGAAGACACAUUUGUGUCUGAGUCCUCCACUCCAGUUGACUGGACGCAGAGAAGCCCCACACAGAUCCCAGUGGAACAGAACCGCACUGAUCAAGCAGAUGAUCAGAUAAACCAUGAUACACGUGGUACAGAGCUCACAACUUCCUCAGGACUGAGUAAGACAGCAUCUAUCAGUGAAACACCAUCAAAUAAAACAGACUGGCUCAUCCUUUUGCUCACCAUCAUUUUGGCAGUUCUUCUCAUUCUGUUUGUCUGUGUUAUUGUAGCAAACAGAAAAAGAUGGUGUGGCAAGAAACAGAAAUUGAUUAUUACAAAAGAGAGCAGCAGAGAAGGAAAUGGUACAGCAGCUUCAUUCACAAAGCAGCAGGAGAAUGUCAAACUCAUGAAUACUGAAUCUGAGAUCUAAUGUAACAGAUCAGUGUGGAUAAGUGAAUGGAGGAAACCCAGAGGAAUGAGAACACCAGCAGUUUUUCACGAACACCUUACAAUAAGGAUGCACUAAUAUGCCUUCAUUCAUGCUGAACUAAUGCACAGAUAGUCUUGAGAUGAUGGAUGAUUUGUAAAGAACUAAGCCACUCAUUACUUACAUCAGCAUCUGAUCAAAUGUUUGAUUAAUAGACCCGGUUUCACUGACUGAUCUUAGACUAAACCAGGAUUAGGCCAUAGUUCAAUUAGGACAUUUAAGUCAUUUUAUUAUUGUGUUCACCACAGUGAGUCAAAGUGUGUACAGUAUUCCAACUUCCAGCUGUCUGGUUUAAAAAAAAAAGAGCAUUAGCUAAGUAUUUGCAAAGAUAUGACUUGUAGAGGCACCUGACUCUUAAGUAAUAUGCUCCCAUGGUAAUGACUUUAAUUUUUCUUUGACAUUUCUAUCAAAGCACAACUACAGAUAUGUUUUUUUUUGUAAUGUAAAAAAACAGUACUAGCCUAACUAAAAUAAGUUUAAUUAGGUCAAACAUUAUUAGACACUAGUAAACAGUCAGUAAUUAAAAUCAAAUAAAAAACGAGCAAUAACACAAAUAAAUUCAACAGAGAAAAUACUUAUAAAAUAAGAAAUUUAAUUUUUAAAAAAGUAAAAUAAAACUGCAUAUUCGUAACUGUAUAUAUUAUAGAUUAAGUCUUGUGAAAGCUACACAAUUCAAGGGCAGUGAGUGAUUAUCUCUAACUGUUUGUUGAACGUUAAUGAAAGACAGCAGUAAGUGAAUUAGGCUGUUGUCCUGUCCUGUCACCCAAUCACAAUGCUCACCAUCACCAGCACCUGUUGUCAAUCAUCUCAUCAUAACAAUACACAGCUCAGAGACCAACUUUGUCUGGCCUUGUGUGAGAAAGAACUCCUUUUACCUCUUCUCUCACAUGUCUUCUGAGUAUCUUUGUGAGCAGCAUGUUCAUCGCUACUUGGCACCACCUAGAUGAGAUGUGCUCCAGUCCUCCAUCACCUUCCAUGAUCUCCAGCAUCACCUGCAACACAGUAGUCUUGCAUAGCCAGACCUCCAGACUGAUGGCUGAAAGUCUGGAAUUCAUGGCAGCUUUCAUUGGUCAAGACCCACCCAUGAUGCCGUUUGACCGACAUGUCAAACAAUAAAUCAAAGUUUGUUUUGCUUAGCAUCACGUUUCAGGACAUGAAAAUGUCACCAUUAUUAACAGACCAUUGUGUAAAACUCUCGGACGUUUUUGAAAGAUUCUGUGCCACGAACUUUAAGUAUUUCACAAACUUUUGAAACUCCAGUGUUUAGUUAAUACUGAUAAGUGCUCGUUGCCACAGUUGUAAACACUGGCUUUCUUUUUUCAUGAGGGGGUUUGGUGCCAUGGCAUCUUUGUUUCCAGGCUGAAUGUUAAAGAACGCAACACACACGUCUCCUGGAAAUCCUGUAAAAUUCAACCAAUCCAUUGACAACUUUGACACUCCUAAAGUGUUUCCACUUUUGUGUGCCAUAUGCAUCAGACAUUUAGCCAACGGUCCAUGGGCGUGAUGUCUGAGGCUGAGACUAGCAACACAAUAACAAACUAUACUAUCAUCCAGACAUUCAUUCCAACCUGCUGCAUUUCAGUUUACUUCCCGUUGUUUCAUAUUCCGCACCACUGUCCAUAUGCCUUCAAGUCUGGUGAUUUCAUAACAGUGUCACUUUAAAACCUAGUGCACAGAUUCAAUAUAAUGAAAACAUCUGAUUUUUCUAAAAAGAAAAUUGUGAUGUAAUGAUUUAUUAAAUCAGAUUCCUGGAAGUUGAAAUACAUGGCUUUGAAACAUUUUUGUAAUUCAUUCACACUGUUAGUAGCUUACUAGAUGUUGAUAGGGAAUUAAUACACAUGUAGUUAUCAAUAAAUCAUAAUGCUUAAUUUAUUAAUCAUUGCCUGGUUCCCCAAAACGUUCUUAUCGCUAAGUAGUUCUUAACCUAUUCCUUAACCUCUCUCUUAACCUUACGGCUUGAUUCCUGACACGUUCGUAUGCUAAGUAUAUCUUCUGUAAGUCAAACUUUAGUAAGGUUGGUCUGGAGCAUUCGUAAGCUCUCUCUUAGCGUUGUUUGAGCUCAAGACUCUAGUCGCUGCCACUGUGCAGCAGUCUUUCGAAACCAGCGCAGCGCAGUACAAGUCAAACUAUGGUAUGUUGACAAUGUUGUGGCUCAACAAUGAUUUUAUCUUAUGGACAUUUUAAGACUAAUCAUAAAAUAUGUUUGCAAUGGAUACAGGCCUAUUUAUGAAGUUGACUUU